ACUGUUUAAACCUGUCUUCCUCCAGAUAACGGGGGCGGUCCUCCUGGCGGUGGGACUAUGGGGGAAGUUCAUGCUGGGUCCAUAUAUCUCUCUGAUUGCGGAAAACUCCACCAACGCCCCAUACGUCCUCAUCGGCACCGGGACCACCAUCAUCAUCUUCGGCCUGUUUGGCUGCUUUGCCACCUGCAGGGGGAGCCCAUGGAUGCUCAAACUGUAUGCCAUGUUCCUGUCUCUGGUCUUCUUGGCAGAGCUGGUCGCUGGCAUCUCUGGAUUCAUCUUCCGCCAUGAGGUUUAUAAAGGGACAUUCCUGAGGACGUACCGUGAAGCAGUUCAGAACUACAACGCCCAGGACGAGAGGAGUCUUGCAGUGGACAACGUCCAACGUAGUUUGCGGUGCUGUGGAGUUUAUAACUACACCAGUUGGUAUUCCAGUGCCUAUUUUCCUGUUAACGGGAUACCGGCCAGCUGCUGCACCGACCUGUCAGACUGUAACAACCAGGACCUCCGCAACGCCACCGUGGUGCCCAGCAAGGUCCACCAACAGGGUUGUUAUGAACUGGUGACUUCCUUCAUCGAGACCAACAUGGGGAUCAUCGCUGGAGUCACGUUUGGUAUCGCCUUCUCCCAGUUAAUUGGAAUGCUGUUGGCCUGCUGCCUGUCUCGGUUUAUCACCGCCAACCAGUACGAGAUGGUCUAGCAGAGACAAAAGACAGACAUACAUCACCGUGGAAAACUGGGAGAAAGAAGACACACACAGACACACACACACAUGCACACACAUGCACACACACGCACACACACACUCUCUCCCUCUUCCUUCUGUUCUUUUUUAACCUCUCUCUGAUCUUUUCUCCUGCCUGUUGUUAAAACACACAGCCCCCUGCGACCCACAGCCCCCGGCCCCGAGCCCUGCAUGCAGCCAUCAGAGCGUCACCUGACACGAACACACCGGCAGUAGUUGUUUCCUUCACACUGUCAGGGAGACGUCGGGAGAGAUCAGACAAAUCGGAUGUACCGGGGCCGUGAGGUUCCCUGAGAGGUACCAGAAGGUUCUGUGACGUGUGUGCAUGUCACUGAGCAGGAUGUCACGGUACCUCCAGCUGCCACAUGGGAUGGGAUUUUUACUGCAGACUUUGAAAUACAAAAUGCCAACGCACGCGUGUAUAUGUAUAUGUACGCACACACAUAUGUAUACGCACACAUGCACACACACCACACACGCACCACACAUGCACACAUUCCCCCACGGACACACACCACUGCAUCCCUGUUGUUACACAACCGUUUCCGGAGCUGGACAAUCUGCUGACCGUCCUAACAGCUUUCCUUCAGCUUGGGACUGAAAAUCCUCGAGUAAUUAAAUAAUAAACAUCAACCCCUGUGGUUUUUUAUUUCAUUCUAGUGCAGACUACUACCACCGAAUGCAGGUGUGCUGUUUCAUACGGUUUCUCUGUGCCAUCUGCACAGUCCCAACUUGUUACCAGACCUUUAAAACAAACCGAACCCAAGACAAAUUCUUGUUUGUUUUUAUUUCUUAUGGGCAUGAAGUAAGAGUUCCUGGGUGUCAGCAGAUUGUUUUCCCAGCCUGGUUAUUGCUCUAAAAGCCACGGCUCUCACUCCGGUCCUCUGCUGGUUUUCUAUUCUGCCAGGUGUUGUUUUUUUUUCUCUUUCCAUUCGUGUGGUACCGGGUCCUAAUGACCCGGAUUAGGGCGGGCUGAACACCUGGUAGGAGUGAGAACCAGCAGGUGUGGAGAGCCUCGGCCAUAAAACGACCUCGUGAACGCGACCCUCUGGGGAUAUGUGGUGUGUUACGGCCUGUUUUUCACUUUUGCGCGGGUUUUUGAUUUUGAGAUCCCUCGGGGGGGCUGUCGUCGUGUUUAGUUUGCCCGUCAGCUUGUUGUCUCUGCCACUCUCCCCCCAGUGCCUUCUUGCCGUUGUUAGCAGCGUUACGGCGGGUCAUUAA